AUGUCUUCUAAUAAUGACCCUGUUACAAUCCCAGUGGUAGAAAGAAAUCCCACUGACCUUCCUGGAAUGGACACCAGUGACCAGAACACAUUGACUGGAGAGGCCGUGCUAAGUUUUCAUAACAUCAGUUAUCGGGAAACAGUACAGAGUGGCUUUCCAUUUCGUAAAAAAACAUGUGUGAUAGAAAGACUAUCAAAUAUGAAUGGGAUCAUGAAACCUGGCCUCAAUGCCAUCGUGGGACCUCAAGAUGGGAGCAGAUCUUUGUUAUUAGAUGUCUUAGCUGCAAGGAAAGAUCCACGUGGAUUAUCAGGAGAUAUUUUGAUAAAUGGAAAACCUCGACCUGCUAAUUUCACAUGUACUUCUGGUUACGUACCACGGAAUGAUGUGGUGAUGCGCACGGUGACUGUGAGAGACAACAUAGAGUUCUCAGCAGCUCUUCAACUGCCAAUGACUAUGACAAGAGAUGAAAAAAGAAGGCGGAUUGAUGAGGUUCUUGAACUUCUGUGUCUGAAUAAAGUGGCAAAUGUCAAGCCUAGAUCUAAAGAGCUUGAGAAAAAGACCAGUAUAGCAAUGGAGCUGGUCACUAAGCAUCCCAUUUGGUUCUUGGAUGACCCCACUACUGGCUUAGACUUGAGCACUAUUAUUGAUGUCAUCUCAGUUCUGAGAAGGCUGUCUAGGAGUGGACGGACAAUCAUCUUCUCCAUUAAUCAGCCCCCGUACUCCAUCUUCAGACUGUUUGACAGCCUCACCUUAGUGGCCUCAGGAAAAACCAUGUUUCAUGGGCCUGCACAGGAGGCUUUGGAGUACUUCAGAUCUGCAGGUUACAACUAUGAUUCCCACCACAACCCUGCAGACUUCUUCCUGGACAUCCUUAAUGGACGUUUCUCUGCUCUCUUUCACUCAGAGGAAGAUGGCCACGAAGCCGAUGAACAUACAGAGCUUUCUGAGAGACAGCACCAAGUCAGAGUAAACUUAGCCAAUAUGUAUGCCCAGUCCUCCUUAUACGGUGAAAUGAGAACUGAAUUGGAUCCACUCUUGGGGGAACAGAAUUCAGGGAGGAGCUCAGCCUUAGAGGAGAUCACAUGUGUCACCCCUUUCUACCACCAGCUCAGAUGGAUUAUUUGUCGUUCAUUUAAAAAUAUCAAGGAUUUUACACGAAUCACUAUAAUUCAGACAAUUAUUGCAGUCAUUGCAGCCGUGAUUGUGGGUACCAGUUUCCUUGCCCUACAAAAUGACUGUACUGAAGUCCAGAACAGAAUUGUUGUCCUCCUCUUGGUCACAGGCUUUGAAUGUAUCACAAGCUUGUCUUCCAGGGAGCUCUUCAUGAUUGACAGGGAUCGCUUUCUACAUGAACAUACCAGUGGAUACUACAGAGUGUCAUCGUAUUUCUUUGGGAAAUUGCUGGGUGAGCUGGUACCCAGGAGGUUAUUGCCAGCUAUUAUAUUUACUGUUAUAGUAUUCAGCAUAACAGGAGUACGAACAGAUGUGAAGGGUUUCUUCACUAUGAUAUUUACUGUCAUGAUGUUGGCUUUUUGUGCCAGUUCCCUGCCACUGUUUUUAGGAGUAGGGGAGAUUGCAGCAGCUGUACCAACACAACUCAUAACCAUCUAUUUUCUCAUCACAAUGUAUGUCUCAGGUCUAUCACUGCAUCCAGAAAGCUUGAAACCUGAGUUCACAUGGAUUCAGCACUUGAGCAUUCCGCAUUAUGGACUUACAGCUUUGCUCCACAAUGAAUUCUUGGGACAACACUUCUGUCCAGAACACAAAACAGCAGAAAUCAGUAAAUGUCACAACUUUGUAAUAUGUACCGGAGAAGAAUUCUUGAUGACCCAGGCCAUUGAUCUCUCAUCAUGGGGCUUCUGGAAGAAUCACGUAGCCUUAGUUUGUAUAAUGAUUAUCUUCUUAUCAAUUACCUAUGUGCAGUUACUAUCUCUUAAGAAAAAGAUAUUUUAA